AUGACAGUACAAGCUCUGCGCGCGUUCGAGCGCGCGCAUGGAGUGCAGUUUGCUGAGGUUGUGCAGGUGCCGCUUGAAGGUGAGGGGGUUGUUGAGAGGCGGGUUGAGCGGUUGUAUAAAUCUCUCACGGAGAACGAGGCACACAUGUCCGCUGUGCGAAAUGCGGAUGUGGUGUUUGUGGUCGCGCAUUCGCAGGGGAGCGUGGUUGCUGCGCAUUUGGUCGAUCGGUUGUUUGCGGAUGGGGUUUUGGUUUCUGGGGUCCAUGCGAGUGGACAUGGGCAUGGAGAGGAAGAGCAAGGAGAUGGAGUGGUGCACAGCGCGUUGGGCGUUGUAGACCCCGGUGCAUCUGCUAUUGGUGUUCCACCCCCGCCACGUAAAGGAAGAACAGCACAGCGUGUAUGUCUUCUUGCGAUGUGUGGGAUUCAUCUAGGCCCGUUGAGGUACUUGAGCUCGAGCACGCUCGUGGGACCGUAUUUGCAGUAUUUUGAGUCGAUGGCUGCUAGAGAGCUGUUUGAGUUCCAGGAGCUGACGAUGAUGAUGAAUUGUGAUGAAUACAUAGAACACGGAGAGUGCGGUGUCGAAGGCACGAAAGUGGUGUAUAUCGCGUCGUUGAACGAUCAAGUUGUGCCGAUUUAUUCGGGGUUGUUUACUGCUGCGAACCAUCCGCUUAUUUUGCGUGCGUUGUAUAUCGAUGGGGAUGCGUAUCACUCAUCAGACUUCCUCUGCGCACUCCUCAUCCUCCUCCUACGCAUCCGCAACGCGGGAUUACCGGACUCGGGCCUGCUCGCGCACCUCUCGGAGGCGACGGCGGGGAGUCUGAGCGGGAUCGGACAUUCGACGGCGUAUGAGGAGGAAGCUUGUUAUCGGCUCGCGGUCGAUUACCUCUUUUUGGCUGAUGACGGGCGGAGCGUGCAGGAGGUUUUGACGCGCGCUUCCUCUCCCUCUGACCCCGAACACGACCCCGAUUUACCGCCCUACACAUACACCCACCCACCAUUAACAGUCGACCCGUUCAACGCCGCGCAAGAGCAGAACGACUACGAGAUCCCGUGGGCGCUGCGGGAUGUGAUUGCGGACGAGCGCAUCGCGUGGUUGUUUAGAGAGGAGUUUGAGAGGCUUAAGAGGGCGUUUGGGGAGUGGGCGCCGAGGACGGGCGUGUUGAGGGAGGUGAAGAGGAAGUUGCAGCCUAUUACGAGGUUGGGGAGUGGGAGUGGUGGUGUAGGGGUUGGUGUGGGUGGUGGGGUGGGGAUGGGCAGGGGAGGCGGGAGUAAGCUUUGA